GGAUUCCAAGCGCGACACAUCUCACAGGGAGGCCGCCGGGCGCGGAGGCGAUGGUGGCCGAGCUGCGGCGCGACGACAUGGCGGAGGAGGCGGGGACCAUCCGCGACUCCGUGGCGUUCCGGCUCGUCGAGCGCGUGCUCCAGUCCGUGCGGAUGCUUCCACCUUCUUCCCUGAGACUGCUCGGGCAAAGGCAGAGCAUGUAAUGAUCGUAAAGGCAUCCUUCCUAUGUGGAGAAGACGUUGGGGUUCUGGGGCCUUCUGGAGUCUGGACCCCAUGAUAUACCUUGUUCACUUCUGUUGUGUGUAUUGAAGUCAAUUUUGGGAGCCAGAAUAAUAUCGAGACAUCUAGUAGUGGGUUCAAGUUCAAAAUUCAAGGCUGUUAUUGAAGAUGUGAGACACUAUGCCAGAUGGAUGUGCAGUGUGAGAGUUAGGAUAAUUGUAAGGAGCCGUUUCUAAUUGCCCCGUAUGAUCUGGAGCAAUAUAGGAUGAUGGUAGGCACUCUAGACACCAGCAGGACAAAGAAUCGUGACGACGAGGCUUUGUAUGUGACGUAUUUGAAGGCAUUGUCAGAAGCAGUAUCCAAAAUAGACAUCACGUACCAUCAUUCGCUUUUGAACAAUAUAUUUGCUGUCCGCAUCUGGUACUUGCAAAGAGAUACAAUGGUUGCUUUAUUGGACCUAAUAACCAGAUUGGCUGCAGUGGCAGAUCAGUAUCUCAGAGAAUGUUUGCAGAUGCUCGUGAACAACUUCACUCCGCCUAUUGUUGAACGCAAUGAGGUGCCUACAUGGGCAGUCUCGAGGAAGAAGGAUAUUUUUUCUCAUCUGUGCGGGAGUUUGAAAACGAUCUCCGAUACUGUACCCUUAGCACCAAGGAUGUUAAGGGAUAUAAUAGAUCGGAGUAUGCCGAAGUUAUUUGAUAACAAAGCUAAGAUGAUCUCGUUUGUCGAGUGCAUGUUGGGACUAGAUACUGACAGAAUGGGGGAUCUUAUCGGAGCUAUUUUGCUGGCCAAAGUUGUUGAUCUUCUUACAGAAUUGGAUGUUAAUAUAACCUGGGAAGAUAUUCUUCAAGAGGAACAUGACAAAGGUAUAUUUGAAAUGGAGCUUGAAGAUUUGGAUGCCGAUGAUGAUGGGGAUGGCUUUGGACAAGCAGGAACAAAGGUCUGUCUGGGAGGAAAUGCAUGUGCUGAAAAGCUUGAUGGUUUAAUGGUUGUUGUAUGCGAGCACCUUAAGUCAUUAGAUCGUCAGCGUCUAUAUAAGGAAUUUGUCAUUCUGAAAACUAUAUUUCGAGCAUCUCUGCUGAGGGUGCACAGAUCAAAAUUUGCCCAGUUUAUCAUGUUCUAUACCUGCUCACUGGAUCCUAAAACCCUUGGUGAGGGUUUUGCUGUUUUUCUUACCGACAUUGUUACGGAGAAGAAAGAGGAUCCAAUUUCAAGAAUGUCUGCAGUUUCAUAUGUUGGAAGCUAUUUGUCUCGGGCAAGGUUCAUUUCUGCUGAUACGGUUGUUACUAUACUCAAAAAAUUAGUAGAUUGGUGCGUUGACUAUUGUGACCAUCAGAGCAAGAGAGAGGCCACACCGAUUCCAAAUCAUCAAUUAUUUUACGCGACCUGCCAGGCUGUGAUGUAUGUCCUUUGCUUUCGCUUGAGAUCUAUUAUGGAUUAUCCAAAUCUUAAAUCAGAUCUGUUUCACAUGCCUUUUGGAUUUCUGUUUCGCCACCGACUAGAACCUCUAAAGGUGUGCUUGCCUUCAAUAGUAAACGAGUUUCUGAGACAGGCCAAGGAUGCCGGAUUGGUUGCUGCAUUUGUGGAUCCAGCAGCUGAAGAUGCAAUUGAAUCUGAUUUGUCCAGGACUUUUGGAGGAAUCAAUAGACUUGACAUGUUCUUCCCAUUUGAUCCUUACCUGCUAAAAGAAUCUGACAGGUAUAUCCGUCCGAAUUUCGAGUUCUGGUCCAUGGUCAAGACAACGUAUAGCGAUGACACCGACGACGAUGAUGAUGAGCUCGAGGACCUUGAUGCCCCUGAGAUGAAUGUUGGCAGCCUGGAUGAUCAUGUCGAGAUAGAUAUCAACAGUGACGACGACGACUUGGAGUACUCGAUGAACAAGAUGUCUAUAACCCCGCACCACUCUUUCUUACACCAGAUGGCCAUGGACAGCGACGGCGGCCUCAGCAUGCCCGCGAGGAUCAGACCUUCAACAAGCCCUCCGUCGCGGUGGGCCAUGUCAGGAGAAUCACCAUAGAUGGAAGAAGCAGCUGGAUACUUGGGGCUGUACAAGGAGGGUAUGACUGUCAAACUGAUACGGGGCGCUUAGUUUGUAGUGGGGUCAAACAACCCAUUCAUUUGCAGUGUAUUCAGCCCAAGUAGUUCGAAAUUUUUGGGUUGAAAGUGUGAAGUACAGAUGUUGUUAGAAAACGUAGUUGAGUGGUUGUAAGAUUAUAUAUAUACUGCAGCUAGGCUUGUUUGAGUAUGACGAUCAUGUUCUGAUGUAGAACGGUUUGUCGACA